AGCUAACCUCCCGCUCGUCCAGCCGCCACUCGUCAUCCAACACCACAUCAAUCUCCAUCACAAUGUCCUGCCUCGACACGGAAAGGUUUCUCUACGAGCUAGAGUAUCCCAUCGAUGAUUCCGAUAUCGAGAACCCCCGACGCUACCAAAAAGGCGGAUUCCACCCCAUCGUCCUCGGCGACCGACUCGGUCCUAGGUCCAACGGCCGCUUCCGCGUCGUCAACAAGCUCGGCGCCGGCGGCUACGGCACCGUCUGGCUGUGUCAAGACACCCACUACAAGCCUAGCACCGUCACCAAGUGGCGCGUCGUCAAAGUUAUUGCCGCCGAGAAGUCCACCCCCGGCUGUCCCGACCUCAAAAUCCUCGACCAUUUUCGCGAUGUCGGCCGCUCCACCCUCGACGCAUUUGGCAUCUGCCUCCCAAUCGGACAUUUCUGGCUGACCGGCCCCAACGGCCGCCAUCUGGCCCUUGUUUUCCCCUGGCACGGCUGCACCCUCGAGAGCAUUCCCGACUACUACGGCUUCCAUCCGGCCCUGAUCAAGGACAUGGCCUUCGAGCUGGUGGAAUCUCUGCGAUUCCUGCACUCGCGGGGUCUCUGUCAUGGCGACUUCCGGCCCUGCAACAUCCUCCUCCGCCUAUUACCAGGAGCCGACGAGAUGCCCGAGUCCAAACUUUGGGAAGUCCUACCCGGGCCGCAAAAAGUUCGCAUCAUCCGAGUUUCCGACGACCAAUUCUUUGACGAGCUUCCCUUUGCCGACCGUCCUGCCAGCAUACCCGAAUACAUUGUUGCCUCCGUCGAGCUCCCAUUUGUAUCCGGUCUCUACACCCGCCACCCCGUCCUCAUCGACCUCGGCGUCUCGUUUCCCUUCUCACAACCACCCAAAGAAGGAACAAUAGGGAUCCCCAUCUCUUUCGCCGCUCCUGAAUCCAUCUUCCGCACAUUAGACAACAACUCCCAGCCCCUCCUCGGUCCCGCCAGCGACAUCUGGUCUCUAGCAUGCACCCUCGCCCACCUCCGCGUCUCGUGCAACCCCUUUCAGUCAGGCUACGCCGAUCUCUCCGCCGUAGCUAGAAGCUGGGAGGAGACGCUCUCUCCGACGCCGGAGCCUUACCGCUCCAAGUACCGCGAGAUAAGAAAUAUCGAGACGCCCCUGGACGAAGUAUGGGGCGAUAAGCCUGCCAGCCAGCUUGAUCCCGUCGUCGAUCCGAAGUUAAUGUACGAGGGUCGGGCCCAGCGAAGAAUGCAAAGGUGCGGAACGAGGAAUUGGUUGAAGGAGCGGAUGGGGUUGGUGAGACGGUUGGAGAUAUUUCCGGAGAUGGCGAGUAAGAUGCUGGAGGAGGAACAGCAAGCAGACGCAAAGAUGAAGGAGAUAUUGCCUUUCGUCAAGGACAUGGAAGUGGUGAAUCUCUAUGAGCAGGGUAUGCAAGUGAAGAUGGAGAAGGAGGAAAUCGAUCUGUUUUGGACGCUGUUGGAGGGGUGUUGGCGGUGGAAGCCGGAGGAGAGGGUGAGCGUUGAGGAGGUCGUGCGACAUCCGUGGUUCGAGGGACGACAGCCGAGGGAGAUUCCGAAGCCGGCCCCGUGGAGGGUUGUGGUCAGGGUGCUGUGGUCCUUCUGGGGCUGUGUCAGGCCGUUCGUCAGUGGUUGGUUUGAUCGUGGCAGGGUGGGAGAUUGGUCACUCACCGUGAUGGGGAAGUUGCCUCCCUAUGUCGUGACGGCAUAUAGAAGGAUUGGAAGGUUCUUCUUUGCGCUAUUCGGCUCGCUUUCUCCGCCUUCAUUGCGCAAGAAGCUCGUUUGGCGACCAAAGACGUUCCCCUCCAGUCCUCCAGGUACACCGAGGCAGGCCCCAGCAGACUCUACGGACUGGGAAACAUGGUGA